AUGCUCCGGGUGCUGUUCCUCGGCGUGCUGGCUCCCGCCAGCCUGGGGUUCCCGGCGCUCUCCGGGCCGCAACCCAGCGGUAGCCAGUGCGUCGAACACGACUGCUUCGCGCUCUUCCGGGGCCCUGCGACUUUCCUCGCCGCCAGCCAGACCUGCGAGCGCCUGCAGGGCCACCUGAUGACCGUGCGCUCCUCGGUGGCGGCCGAUGUUAUCUCCCUGCUGCUGAGCGGCGACGGCGGCGACGGCGGCGACGGCGGCGACAGCCCGCGCCUCUGGAUCGGCCUGAAGCUGCCACCCGGCUGCCACGACCCCGAACACCUCGGGCCCUUGCGCGGCUUCCAGUGGGUUACGAGCGACAACCGCACCAGUUACAGCAGGUGGGCCCGGCCAGAUCGCGACGGGACUCCCCUCUGCGGCCCGCUGUGCGUUGCUGUCUCUGCAGCCGGGGCCCCUGCGCCGGGAGAGCCGGCCUGGGAAGAGCAGUCGUGCACUGCUGAGGCCGAGGGCUUCCUCUGCGAGUUCCACUUCGCAGCCUCUUGCAGGCCCCUGGCCAUGGAGCUUGGUGCCGCGGCGACCGCCGGUGUCUCGGACACCUAUAGCACCCCGUUCGGGGCCCGCGGCGCGGACUUCCAGGCACUGCCGGUGGGCAGCUUCGCCUCGGUGGCGACUCUCGGCGUGGAGCUGGUGUGCGCAGUGCCUCAGCAUGGAGCGGCCGAGGCGCGCUGGGGCAGGGCGGCACCGGGCGCCUGGGACUGCCGCGUGGAGAACGGUGGCUGCGAGCACUCGUGCAACGGGAGCGCUGGGCCGCCCCGGUGCCUCUGCCCUGCCGACACCGCCCUGCAGGCUGACGGGCGUUCCUGCGCUGCGCACAGUGCGCACUCGUGCUAUGGCCGCUGCGACCACUUCUGUGUCCCAAACCCAGACGUGCCCGGCGCCUACACGUGUAUGUGCGAGACAGGCUAUCAGCUGGCGGCCGACCAGCACCGGUGCGAGGACGUGGACGACUGUAAGCUGGAGCUCAACCCUUGCCCGCAGCUCUGUGUUAACACGCCGGGCGGCUUCACUUGCCACUGCUUCCCCCACUACGAGCUGGUGGAGGGUGAGUGUGUGGAGCCAGUGGACCCGUGCUUCGGUGUGAACUGCGAGUACCAGUGCCAGCCCGUGGGCCACACUGACUACCGCUGUGUCUGCGCCGAGGGCUUCGCUCCCAGUCCCCUUGACCCGCACAGGUGCCAGAUGUUCUGCAACCAGACCGCGUGCCCGGCUGACUGCGAUCCCAACAACCUGGACAGCUGUCACUGCCCCGAUGGCUACAUCCUGGACGACGGCUCCAUGUGCACAGACAUUGACGAGUGCCAUAACGGCGACUGCCCAGGUGAGUGCCGCAACCUCCCUGGCAGCUUCGAGUGCAUCUGCGGGCCCGACUCGGCCCUCGCCGGCCUGGUUGGCACCGACUGUGACCCUGUCACGGUGAACGACAGCGAGGACAGCGGCUCUGGAGAGCCCCCGGCCAGCUCGGGGCCCAGCACCACCUCGGGGCCCCCACCCUCGGGGCCCUUGCAUUCGGGCGUUCUUACCGGUAUCUCAAUCGCUAGCCUCUCCCUGAUAGUUGCGCUUUUGGCUCUCCUCUGCCACCUGCGCAAGAAGCAAAGUGCCACGCGGGCGGAGCUAGAGUACAAGUGUGCGGCCCCCGCCAAGGAGGUGAUGCUGCAGCACGUGCACACGGAACCGACACCUCAAAAACUCUGA